AUGUCCCUGGUACAAUAUUCUGACAGCGACUCGGAAUCAGAAUCCUCCUCCCCACCCCGCAAGAAAGUAGCCCGAACAGCUCCAACAAAUCCAACAUCACUCCCCCCACUCCCCGCAUCUUUCCACUCGCUCUACGCCUCCUCCACACGCGUGAGCACCAAAGACGACCCAUCCCUCCACGCCGGUCGAAAACGCGCCAUUCCCCACGUCGAAGGGAACUGGCCGACACACCUAUACCUAGAAUGGGUUCCGGGUAAGGAGGAGGUUCACCUCCUUGCCGACUUGAUUCAGGCAGCCGACGCCAAUACCAGAAAACCCGCUAUCUUUCCCUCGACUCGAAGCGAUGAUGCCGCAGAAGUAACCCAGGAUGGCUCCGGCUCGACUGUGCACAGUCUUCUCCACUCCGAUCUGGGCGCGCAAUUACCCCUUCACAUCAGUUUGUCGAGGCCCGUGGUCCUGCGCACAGAGCAGCGUGCAUCCUUUACGGAGGCAUUGUCGAAGGGUGUGCGCUCAUCUGGUAUUUCUUCUUUUCAUGUCCGCCCCGAAACACUAAAAUGGGUCUCCAACUACGAGAAAACGCGUUGGUUCCUCGUCCUACGCGUCGCUAAACCAAAGGCCGAUAACCUGAACCGUUUACUCGGACUCUGCAAUUCGACCUUACAUCGCUUCGGCCAACCGCCUCUAUACGCUAGGGCCGAUCCUAUGUCAGAGAGGAGUCCGGAUUCUGGAUCUGCGUCGGGAUCUGCGUCAACAGACGAUGGUGAUUUCUCUGGAUGCUUUCAUAUUUCGAUUGCCUGGCGCUUGGAUGCGCCGGAGUCUGCAGAGCUGGAGCGUGUAAAUGCAGUGAAGUUGGAUAAAGUACAGGCCAUUGAUGUUCAGUUUCCGUGCGUGAAGGCUAAGAUUGGGAAUUAUGUUGAGAACUUUGAGCUUCCGCUACGAUCGUGA